AAUAAACUAAAAGAAAAUUUGGUCUAUUAAAUUAUUAGAUAUAUAGAUAAUAGUAGCGCAAAAACAAAAGGCUAACUAUAUAGCCAAUCAAUAAGAUAAAUUACAUUCUUACGAAACUGUUUCUAAGUUAAUAUAUUUUUGUUACAAAAUACAAGCUUUAUCACUAAUAAUCAAGAUUCAAUUAAAAUUGGAAAAAUGUUUUAGAUGGAUUUCAAAGUUAGGAAAUAUAUUUAGCAUGCAAAAUUGCAUGAAAUGGAAAAGCAUAAAAAUGAUGGUGAUUUGGAUACAUUAGAAAAAAUAGAUUAGAAAUUCAAUGAUUUUUGUACUGUCUACGAAAAGUAGUUUGAUUAAAUAUUGUCGAGAGGCAGCACAAAAGCUGAUUAAGAAUCUAAAAUCUAUUCUAAGUCUCAUUUAAGACUUGAUGGAGGAUACAAAAGAUAAAACAGCUUAAAAAAGCAACCAAGUGGGAUUAUUUUAAAUGGUUCAGUAGAUAAUCUUUACGCAGGAUAAUCAGCAGGUAACAUAAACACAAAUCAGAUUUUGCUAACUCAAAAAAGCAAAACAUUAAGUAAAAAUGGUAGCAUGCCUUAAAUUUGUGCACCAAAUUUUAUUAUUAGGAAAAAUAUGAACGAUACCAUGAGAGUGAGCUCAACAAAAUCUUUCUCAAACCUUGAUAUGAAUGACACUCAAAUGUCUCCUCUUAAGUUGAAUGGAAAAACGCAACAAAACAACUACGUUUCACAAAAUUCAAUUCAAGGAACAAUUUAAAAUUAAUCAAAAAAUUCAGGAACACAAAAUGGCAAAAUUUCUAGAUAUGAGCAUAGUAGCUAAUCAGGAUUCCCUUCUUAUUCUACUCAAGCUACAUUAAAUCCCAAGUAGAAUACUGAUGAAAGUUAAAAAUUUCAAAGAUCUUAAUCAAGAAAAAAUACAGCUUUAGAAUCUCCUUCAAAAUCACUUGCCAUCUCACCAAGAAACAAUUCCCCUAAUAAGAUUUAAUCUAAUGUUACUAGCUAGAAAUUAAUUCAAGAUCAUUAAUAAACUAAAACAGUGAAGUUUGCAAACGAAAGUCCUAAGAUAAAAAGUUUGAAAAAUAUUGAAGAAAUUUAAGAUAACUUAGUCAAGAUAGGAAUAGGUUCUUUAAUGCUUGAGUAACUAAGACUUUCUCAGAUUGAUUUAAAUAAAAUUGAGGAUGUAAACUCUUUUUCUGAUAGAUAGUCUCUAUUAAGUUCUAAGAUAUUAAAAGAAUUUGGUAUUGGGUAAGCUUAAGUCAUAGGAUUUAAAAAAGAGUAGGAAAAGCAAGAAUAUAUCAUGAAAACGAUAAACAAUACAGUAACCAGUUUGUAUAAAAAAUGGAUAAAGUCCUAAGAAGAAAGGGCAGAAAAAAUUGAAAACAUGGAAGAAGAGUACUAAGAUCUAAAAGAUAAGCUAAAUAAGAGAGAAAAAUAGGAUUUUGAAUGGAUGAAUAUUGAUACUGAAUACAAGGCAUUAGAGAAUGAGCUUAAGUAGCUAAUAGUAAAAAAAUUGAAUGAUUACGAAACUUAGACUUAUAUUUUAGAUAACAUUCAGUCUGAAAAAGAAAAGUAAUAGACUACAAAUGAGAUGCCAAAAAUGUAGUAGCCUUCAAUAGCUAGCUUACCAAAUAAGAAAAAUUCAAUUGAUAGUAAAGAAUAUGGAGGUAGCAUGUCGAAUGGGUUAGAAAGUCCUCCUUAGUCACCACUUUAAGUUGGAGAUUCAAAUAAUAAGUUAUUUAAAACAGCUAAUACUUAUUCAAUUAAAGUCAUUUCAAACGAUUAAGAAAAUAAUGGCAGUUUAAAUAAAGAACAAACUCCUAGGAAGCACAGUAUUGACUUUAGCAAAAAUAAUUUUGCAAAAUAGUAAAUUUUAAAUUAUCCUUUGAGCUCAAGAGGUUAUAUUUAAGAAAAAAAUUCCCACCUUGCUUCUACAGUAAUGCAUACUGAUCACUCAAAUAUGACUGAUAUUAACACCUCAAUUACUAAGUAGUCAGGCAGAAAAGGAAAUUCAAUUUAGUUAGACAGCUAACACAACUUUAGGAAAUCUUUCAAUCAAUCAGCCACAAACUUAAGUUCGUAUAAUAAUAAUGCUGAAGAAAGCAUUUUGUUUAGCUCUGAGAAGUAACAGGGUUAGAGUUCAGUUUAAAAAGGGGAAAAGAAUUAGUUGUAUGAUUAUUAAUAGAAUAUCUAGAGAGAAUAAGAUGCUGAAGUUACCUCUAUUCCAAGAGUUACUAAUAAAGAAGGUAAAAAGUAUGUAUAUGGUGAAAAUACAUACGUAAAAGAAGAGAUUUUAGAUGAAAAAUUAGUAAAUAAAAUAACUGAAUACGUUGACAAGUCUGAUUACAUAAAAGAGUUAGGUGAGAAAUUGUACUCGUAAAUUGAUUGGAAAAUCGAGUUAGAUAAUGCUUUUAUAGAGCUGAGAAAGGAAAACAGGAAGAAAAAUAAUAAAAUCAGUAAAGGAAAUAAUAUGAACUUGAUAACCUUCUUUCCAAUUAUGCAAGAUUUAUUCAAAAACUUGAAAAGUGACAGAAACAAAGAAAAAUUAAUGUAAAAAUAUAGAGAGGGAGAAAUGCUCACAAAUGAGUAGCUGAGUUUCUUAGCUUCAACAAAUUAGCUUUUAAAUAGAUUUAUCGAUAGAGAUUACUUGGAUAAAGGUAUUAAGUUCUUUUAAAAAAAAGGUAUUCAAUCUAAUCUGGAGUACUUGCUUGCAGAGAAUAUUAUACAGACAUACGAGCUUAUCAAGGAAAUUAUCUUCUUUCAUCGUAAGAAUUACUUGUUUAACAAAAAUAAAUAGCUGCUUUAAGAGCAAGACAUGUUUAAACAAAGGCAGGAAUAAAAAGUUAUUGAUUUAUAGAAGGCGAAAGAAAAAAUUAAAAUGAACAAGAGGAUGGAGGCAGUGUGCAGAUCUCUUGACAAAAAACUAAUAGAAAAGGAAAUGAGAAAAAUAGAAAAUUAAAACAGAUUGUCUUUUGCUUUAGCGAGCAAAGACAAAUCUAAUAACCCUGCUAAUCAUGUUGCAUAGAAAUUUGUUGAUAAUAUAAAGAAAAGUAUCUUUGAAAAGCAGAGUCUGAGAGAUACAUUUAUCAAUCAUAUUUCGAUUCCCAAAUAAGCUGUAAAGAUAGAAGAAAUAAAACAAAAAAAGAAAGAUAAUUAAGAGAAGUAAAAAAUGCUGGAUAAAAUAUCUGCUGCUGAAGGCGUUGACCUUCUUCAAAGACUGACAAACAAAGCAAAAUACGAGGAUGAUCCUAAGAAUGAAAUAAGAAGAUCAUACCAUCCCUCUUCCAAAUUAUUUGUUGAGGAGCACAGAGACGAAUACAACCAAAUCACUCCUAACGAAAAAAAGAUUGUAGAUAAUGAAAUUAAGAGAUUUAAAAGAAAAUUCAUAUAAUCAAAAGCUCAGGAUCAGGAAAACCAUGAUAAAAAUAACUUCGCUUCUUUCUACACUGGAGGUCCUUUGUAAAGCUCAUAUAUAAAUUCAAAAUAUUAUGGAGAAAAGCAAAUUAAGACAAUCAUAAGAGUAUAAGCUAUUGCAAGAGGAUACUUAGCACGUAAAAUACUAAAAGCCUUAAAAGAAAAGAAAAGGAGAGAAGCUGAAAUUAGAAGAAAAGCAGAAAAAACAAGAGAAAAAAUGCUUCUUAAGGAAAGAAUCAAACUAGAACUUUAUUCACCUAAAGGAAUUAUAGAUAAAAUGACCCCUAAGAGCAAAAAGUCAUAAAAUGGCUCACCAAAAGUAGGAUUUUCUGAUGAAUUACAAUCUAAAAAAAUUAAAAAGAAAUCAAGGUUCAGUAAAGUUCAUAGAAAAUCUAUUCUUACACAGGCUCAUUAUGAUUUGGCAAUGCAAAAUGAAAUGAAGUUGAAUUAUCACAGAAAGGUCAUUCUGAAUUAAGAUGUUUCAAAUAGAUUUUAAAAAUUAAUUGGAGCUGCUAAGAGUAACAAUUUUGCUUACAUAGAAAAGGGGAAAUUCCAGUUUUUCACAAUGGAUGUUAACAAAUGCGACGAAAAUAAAAACAGUCCACUAUAUUAUGCUGCAUUCCAUGGCAACAUUUAUUUUUGCUAGUAUUUAGUUGAACUUGGAGCUGAUGUAAAUUAAGUCUGUCAAGAGGGAAAUACUCCUUUUCAUAUGGCUUGUUAGUCAAAUAAUAAGAAUUUAAUCAUGUUAUUCAUACAAGCAGGAGGAAAUCUUGAUAAAACAAAUGUAGAAGGAUUAACUCCUCUCUCUUACGCUUCGUUUGAUAUGCUUUAACAACUUGAUGCUAUGAAAGUUAUAUCCCUAAGAGACACUAAUAUUAAGUAGAAUUUUAGAAAUCUUAAAAUUUUCAAAAGAGGAAUUCCAGAAAGUGAGUUUAAAACUUCUGCUGUUGAAUAUGAUCCUUCUCAUUAGUUCACAUAAUUUCCUUCUCAAAAAUAGCAAUAAUAAGCAUAAUGAAUGAUUAAUAUUGCAGAAAGUUUAAAUUUUAUAUAAAUUUGCUGUAAAAUAUUUAUUGCAAAAUAAAUCUAUAAUUUAAAUUUAAUUUAACUCAAUUAUAAUGUGUUAAAUGUAAUAUUUAUUGUAAAUUAAAUAUUAUAUUGUAUUCAACUCCUAAAUAUUAUAUAAACUUUAACAGAUAACUAAAACGCACUGAAAAAAUAAAUAAAUUCCUAAAAAAGAAAUUAAAUUUUUUAAAAUAUUUUACCUAAAAGUUUUUUUGAAACUAAGUUUAAAGAG